AGCGUAGAUUAAAAUGCAAUCCCAGUAGAACUGUGUGUUGUGUAUGUCUACAAAUUUAUCAGUGGAGUUCUAGAAAAUUUAAAUUACAGAGUAAACAUCGAAAAAGUUAUAUCUGGCAUGUUCAUUAUAACAUCCACAUUUGCAUAUUGAAUAAACACGGAAGUGGUUCCAUAUAUAAAUAUAUCUGAGUGUAAGUUACUACAGUAAUCACAAAAGUUUGGUUUCCGCUUGAAUAAAAUAGCUGAUGGUGGUUUGUAGAUCAAUUUCAGUUCUGAAAAUAUAUCUAUGUCGCAUAAUUUUGAUUUUAUACACCCCAAAGUUUUGUUGCAGAACUGAUUUAAUAUAUAAUUAUUGCUCUUGUUCGUUUGUUUGUUCGUUCGUCCGUUCGUCCAAAUUUGUUUCGUGCAUAUCUCAAACAGUAUUUGACCCAGUCAUCAAAUCUCACAGGAUUGUUAUUCAGCACGGAUAGGUUUGUACCUGAUGUUUUCACACAACCAGACCAGAGUUAUGACCCUUGUCAUAUAUAAAUAUACAUUAUAAGGGCCUAGAUUUGUCAAAAUGGAUUUGGCCAAGGAUUACAGAAACAUUACAGGAAUAUUAUUCAGCAUGUGAAGUUGUGCACUUGCGGUUUGUCAGAGAUAUUGCUCAGCCAGACCAGAGUUAUGGCCCUUGACUUAGUAAAAAUAUGUAUAAAAGUGCAUAAAAGUUACUGUCGCACAUAUCUCAAAAAGUAUUUGUCCUAGUGUCAUGAAAUAUCGUAAGAAUAUUAUUCAGCGUAUGGAGAUGUUCACCUGCGAUUUGUUUCGGAUUUCUUUUAGUCAGACCAAAUUAUGGCUUUUGAUUGUCAAAAAUAUGCGUUAAGGGCAUACGGAUUUUAGAUCGCAUGUAUCUUAAACAGUACUAGACUUACAGUCAUAAAGCGUGCGUUGACUGUUAUGUUUCAUGUGAAGUCAACAACCUAUUGCGCGAAAUUUUUCUUCCGUUAAUAAGGGCAGACCGAGUGUAGAUAUUACUAUGCAACUAACAUUUCCAAGGAAAAAUCUCUAUAGAAGCUACUGAUCCACUGAACAACUGAACUGAAAAUGAAAAUAAACAGAUAAACACCUCGUGCACCUUGAAAUUAUUCAAACUACGUAAAGCACAUAAUACGAACAAACAGUUUCAGUGCACUUUUAUAUAGUAACAGGAUAAAUUUGCAAUAUUCUUAUCACCAACAUCUCAUCAGAGCGGAAAUAAUAAUUUGUCAGCGGACAGGCUCCAGUCCUUAUGUUUCUCAUUUUAUUCAUUAAAAGUUUUAUUGCCUUUUGCUGUUCAACCAUCAGAUAAAAAUGUAUUGUUACAGCGGCUUAAAUGUGUGAUAUUCAUCAAAAUGGAAUACGACAAAUUGACAAGCGUGGCUUAACAUGAUUUAUGACUUUUUUUAAAUUUUUUUCGGAUUGUGUUAAAAUUUACAGUAAAAGUAGCGUUCCUCAUUGCUACAUUGUGUGUAAUACUAGAGAACAAUUUGUCAUCUAGGCAGUUGACUUUUAGCCCAGUCAAGGCAAGCAGUAGUAGUUCGUUCAAAACAAGAUACUAUUUGAAGGGAUAACAAAUCGGAAAAAGAAACUGAGAUGAAUAAAAUUAAAAGAAGACUGGAAGGGUCCUGUUGGAACAGCAGACUGCGAUUAUUUGUUGUUUUACUGUUUGUAUCAUGUCUAACCUUUAUGGCAUAUCAUCAAGAAGUAAACAAGACGUUCAUUUCAGGAACUGAUUCGAUAUUUCCACUUAUCAUACACACACAGGUACUUAUCGAGCCGGUGCUUUUAUUUAAGGAAAAUUAUUCAGUUGAAGACGUUAUAAACAUCAGAAGAAAGAGAGUAAACGAUGUUUGCGCACGCGUCAGAAGUGUGUCCAAGAAGACAACGGAAGUUUCUGGCAUAAUGGCGGCAAACUUGUCUUACUGUAUAGUGCAGAAAGCCGGGUGUACUAUGUGGAUAAGGCUGUUCAAAUUCAUGGAAGGGCAGAAUAACGAAACCGGGAACCCGAUGACACUGACUAAAUAUAUGAUUCAUAAUGAAAAAAUGCAAUACUACAAGAAAUUUAGGCAAACUGGCGAUGACACUAGCUUUUUUUCGCAUUCGGUUAGAGCUAUGACCGUUCGGAAUCCAUAUACUCGACUGUGGUCAGCUUUUAUUGACAAGUUCUUGCUACCUGGCUUUUGGCUAACAAAAGGAAAACAUAUUAUAAGAAUGAUACGUGAAAAUCCGAAGCCACUGUCAGCCAAAUGUGGACAUGAUGUUACUUUUCCGGAAUUCAUUCAAUACGUUAUAACAAUAGGACAUCGAUUUACAUCCUGGAAUCUAGACAAACAUUGGUUACCGGCUAGUGAUAUUUGCGAUCCAUGUUUUUUUAACCCUCAUAUUAUUGGUAAACAGGAAUCCUUUAUGGAAGACAUGAAAUACACUCUGAAACAUGUAAAAUUAGACUAUCUGUUACCAAAAAUAAUGUCAAUUGAUCCGACAGAGUUUGAAAUAAAAGAUGAAAUAGACUACAGUUUUCAGAUAUUUUCACGUGUUAAAACUUGUAUAGAUAUUUAUGAACUGUGCAAAAGAAUAUGGACGGCAUUUAUUUUUAAUGGUUACCUCCCCUCAGAAGUAGCUUUCCCAACAAAUAUUGAUAAAAAUAGUUUGAACAUAGACUCAUUUUAUGAGCUUGUCAAAGGCGUUAGAACAAAAUACAAUAUUACUAAGGCGGAUGUCAAAGUAAAACGAAAACAUGCUCUUGUAGCGGCGUACAAACAGAUCUCCGAGAAGAGUAUGAAUAAUCUCAAACGUUUGUACAAAAUGGACUUUGAACUUUUUGGUUAUGAACCUGAGCCUGAAUUUCUAGACGAAUGAGUGAAUGCACACAUUUUAUUAUGCAAUUUUCAGAUUCAAACAUUGUAAGUUUAAGAAACAAUAUGUCCUAAACAGUGAUUUCUCGUUGCUUGUUUUGUGUGAGCUUUUCCAGUCCCUUGUUAUGACUUGGGAUGCUAUGACGUAAUAAUUUAAUUGCUGAAUAUGGGGUAAGAGCGAGGGUGGCAUGCCCUAAACUAGUUUAAUCCUGAAUAUUCCAUUAAAUAGGUUAAAUUUUCUUGCGCCAGGAAAAACACAUCGGCAGCUGACCACCGACACACGAAAGUAUUUGUUAUUAGAGCCAUGGAAACAGUCAAUUGUAUGAGAAGUUGGAAAUAACAUAUGAAAUCACUUUUACAUUAAAUUAUGAAAGGGAAGAUAACAUUUACUUGUAAAUUUCAGGAAAACUUAAUCAUAUUAUGUUAUAUUGCAGGAGGUUAAUGCGAAAUGAUUUUAGUAUCAUUUAAGACAUAAAAAAUACUUUGUACACUGG